GAAAUAUAAAUAAAAGCAGACGACAAUGUUGGGGGAAAUUCAAGCUAGUCGUGGACUCGCGACAGGUGUAGGUUACGCUGUACAGACUGAAGAUAUCGACUGAAAAUGUGUGGAAUUCUAUUAUGUGUCAGAACCAAGUCGGAGGAUCACAAGUGCACUAAACAACUGAAUGAAAAUAAAGUUGUACUGGAACGAAGAGGUCCAGAUGCUAGUCAUGAAAUUGAAAUUGACUUAUCAACAUCUUGGAAAGCAACAUUUUCCGGCCAUACCUUAUGGCUACAAGGUGAUUUUCCUGUUCCACAACCAUUGGUAGACUCAAGUGGCAAUAUCCUUCUAUGGAAUGGGGAUGUUUUUUACAGUCGAAUUGGAGAUGAACACAUUCCAAAAGGACAUUCAGACACCAAAUUUCUUUUAGACAAACUUGAGAAUGUUGAAACAGUGGAAGAAAUAUGUAACACUUUGGAAAUCAUAAAGGGACCCUGGUCGCUGAUUUAUUACAAGAAAAGCCUCAAUCGAAUAAUUACUGGAAGAGACAGGUUUGGAAGACAUAGUUUACUCUGGAAUUGCUUAAAUGGGGAUGGGGAACUCUCCUGUCCUCAAUUGAUAAUUUCAUCCUCAUCACAAUGCUCCACAUUAUGUGAAAUACCUGCUUCCAGUUUGUACCAAAUCAGCUUUGAAAACACCAUUUCAGUUAAAAAGGUCUACUCGCGAAAUCCAUAUGAGAUAAACAAGAAGCCUGUCUCUGACCACGAAUUUUUUGGUUGGAUUCCUGAUUUCAGUGAUUUGUUGGACAGCAAAUCUUCUGAUCAAAUUAUUAGUGAUUACUUGAACAUUUGGCAAAAGGAAGUAGAAGGAUUGAAAGCCGCUCUGUUGGAUUCAAUCAAAUCUCGAGUUCAUUGCCAGCCAAUGCUUUGUAAGGCGUGCGUGCUACUGCAUCUCAAUGGAAAUCAAAUCAAGUGCACCCAUUCAAAAGUGGCCAUUCUAUUCUCCGGUGGAUUGGACUCGAGUGUUCUAGCUGCACUUACAGAUCGUGUCUGGCCAGAAAACGAAUCCAUUGAUCUACUGAAUGUAGCAUUUCCAUUACGCACCAAGAAUAAUCCCACCGCUAACAAAUUUGAUGUCCCUGACCGUUUGACUGGUCUCCAAGCGUUAGAAGAAUUACAAAAGCUCAACCCCUCUCGGAAAUGGAAUUUUUGCGAAAUCAACGUGGAAUUGGAAGAGUUACUAGAAAUGAGGAAGUCGAGGAUCGCGACGCUCAUUCAUCCAGCCUCAACCGUCCUCGACGACAGCAUCGGUUGUGCCCAAUGGUUUGCCACUCGUGGGCGAGGUGUUUUGAUCUCGAACAAUGAGGAAUACGUAUCUCCGGCCAGGGUUGUUUUGAUGGGUGCAGGAGCGGACGAACAAAUGGCUGGUUACGCUCGACAUCGCCAAAAAUUCGCCAAUGGGGGCUGGCCGUUGCUUGUCUCCGAGAUCGAAAUGGAAAUGAACCGAAUAUCAGAGCGAAAUCUCGGUCGCGACAACCGUAUAUUAGCCGAUCAUGGCAGAGCUCCAAGAUUGCCGUACCUCGACGAAAUGGUUGUUGAAUAUCUAGCUCAGUUGCCGAUCUGGACUAAGGUCGAUCUAAGGUUGCCGAUCGGCUUGGGCGAUAAAAUCAUCCUUAGAGCACUUGCCUUUCAGAUGGGAUUGAAUAAAACGGCCAUUGAACCGAAACGAGCCAUUCAGUUUGGAUCAAGAAUUGCAAAAACCGAAGCCAGAAAAGAAAAAGGUUCCCAAAUAUGUGAUCGAUUAACCAAAUCUCUCGUUUUGGAACAAUAAGGUCCUGAUUGGGCGUUUUAAUUACCCUCAAGCGGGACUCGUGUAAAAACAUGGGAAGGGGAAGGCCAUUAGAGACAAGUUUUUGUGUGCGGCAAGGUCGGGGGGUAUUUGAGAAUUCCUGACGUAAAAUAUUAAAGAGAGAG